CGAUGAUGUUCCGGCCGGGGACGACGGCGUUUCUGAGACCAGCCGCGGCGGCACGAGCGAUAACUAUACGGGUGGAUGGAGCUUUCUAGCGGAGGAGCUGGAUAAUAAAAAUGCAUUGCCGCCACAAGCUGCGGCAGAGGACGAUGGGGCGGCGGCCGGGGAAGUGAAGUACGUUGAACUGGCCCCACCUACGCCGCGUAAGAGACACUCCUUAUCCGCACUGAGUGCGAAAAGCCUAGAGAUGUGUACUGAGGGCUUGGGCUGCGAAACUGGCUUCGAUGUUAGCCAGAGCAUCGAGGAAUUGAUGGGGAAGUUGUCGUUGUCGCCGCAACCAUCACCAACCAAGCCGGCCGGGAUGGUUGCGGGCGACAAAAUCAACAAAAGUAAGGCCUUCCCGCCUCCCCUGAGUUCAACCAAAGGUCGGGCCGGGCUUGAUGACGGGGUGAAGAUGAUGCGGCCUCGUCGGGAAGGCGGCCGGUUGGUGUUAACCGCCGUGUCUGUAACCCGACCCGACUCUUUCUUGGUGGCAAACAGAUCAGAUGGGAGACUCAGGCUUUCCUCCAAAUGAAGAUUAAUUUGGCAAGAGAAAGCGGAGGCUGGCGGGGCCUCGGCCCCCCAAGAAAAAAUUUAUGAUGUAUAUACAUAUAUACGGA